AUGUAUCAUAUGGACGCCGUGAUUGGUGUGGAGAAUUUGAACCUCAAUUACAUGAGGGGUGGAUUUGCACAUUGCGGUUUUCCGGAAGUCGCAUAUGGGCGUUUUGCGGACCAGUUGGUUAAUCGAGGAUUUAAAGUAGCACGAGUGGAACAGACAGAAACACCAUCUCAGCUGGAGAGCAGGAAUAAGGCUGAAAAAGCUAACGACAAAGUUGUCAGGAGAGAAGUGUGUAAUAUAGCAACGUCAGGAACUCGAACAUAUGGUGUUCUUGAUGGCAAUGAUCAGCAAGGAAUCAUUGAACUAAUGGAUUCUACAGCACGCUACUUGUAUGCUGUUGCUGAAAGGGGUUCAGAUCGCAUGGAGUAUGGCGUAUGUUUCGUCGAUACAACCGUUGGUCGAUUUUACAUUGGUCGCUUUUUGGACAGUGGCACUCGUUCUGCACUGAGAACCCUUUUUGCGCAUCACCAGCCGGCACAGAUUUUAUAUGAACGCGGCCGAGUUUCAGCUUCAACAAUGGCAGUAUACAAUAAUGCACUCAGCGCAGUGGCAAAGGAAGCGUUAAUACCGAAGAAGGAAUUUUUGACUGCUGAAAAUACGCUCAAAUUGCUGGCAAACGAAAAAUAUUUUGGUGGAACAUAUGAAAAGUGGCCCAUAGUGCUGCUCAAAAUGAUCGACAGGAGCAGUCUGGUACCCAAAUGUGAUCCGGCCUACGAAGCAAGCAUGUCGGCCCUGGGGGCCGUGAUUUGGUACUUGAAAAGAUGCCUGGUGGAUGUUGAUAUGAUUUCGAUGCGUCAGUUUGAACUCUAUAAGCCCGUCGAUCUCACUGGCCCAUUACCUGAAGAAAAGGAAGAGCCGAAAACCGGUGAAGCAUUAUGGCGUGGACGGCGACUUGUUCUGGACGGGCUUACACUCAAACAUCUCAACAUUGUCCCGCCGGUUGGUGGUAUUAACAAAUUUGUUGCACGUGAUCCAGUCACUGCGAAAUAUGCCCUCUUCAAUGUUAUCAACAAAUGUAUCACACCUGCCGAUGCAAUUCAAUGGCUUACGGAAGCCGGAUCGAAGAAAUUUAUCCAGCGAGCCACGGAGUGCUUGAGAAAAGUACCUGAUUUGGAACGUUUAGUUCAGAAGAUACAUACAUUCGGGUUGAAAUAUCGAGCGGAAGAGCAUCCGGACAGCCGAGCACAAAUGUUCGAGACAAUGCGUUACAACAAGCGAAAAAUACGAGACUUAGUUCAGGCUCUGGAGGGUUUUGAGCGUGUUCUCGAGCUUCGUUCAGAAUUCAUGCGGAAUUUCGGCAAUAUUUCCAGGUCAGUAUGCAUUUCGAACUGA